UACUGGUUCUUCCCUAAAGUUUCGUAGGAGUGGCACUGUUGUAGAUGCGGGGUAUAAACAUACAAAGAUAGCAUGAUUUAUUUUUCAGCAACCGUGGCGAAUUUUUAGGGUUUAUAUACAUGUAUAUAUGCGCGAAAAUUUGAUACGUUGAUUUCUAGUUACGUUCUCAACAUUUACUUCCAUGCAAUUAUUUCCUGACUGGAAUGCGUAAUUAAUUUGAGCAAGUUUAGCACCAAGGUGGCUGGUUCCGGCACGCGGCAUUAUCUCGCGUCGCUUGCAGGUACAGUGAGAGUUGUACGAUUGACGUCGGCUCAACUAAAGGAAAGAGGCACUUUUUUAAAGGGAUCGUUCAGCUACACGUGAAGCCAGCUAGCCAGCUAAAUAUUACCCGCAUUGGGAGUGUGCUUGAGGUUGAAAGGUGCCUCUAGCUGGAAUAUUUUGUGUAAAUUAAAAUGGCUACAAUAUCGUUACCAGCAAACGUCAGCGUCAUGUUACUUGACAUAGAAGGGACCACGACACCAAUUACAUUUGUCAAGGACAUUUUAUUUCCAUAUAUUAAGGAGCAUAUCGAGAACUAUUUGUCUACACAUUGGGAAGAGGACGAGUGUAAACAAGAUGUGCAACUACUAAAAAAACAGACAGAGCAGGAUAUCCGGGAGCACCGAGCAUGUCCCGUGCACAGCCCCGACCAGACAGUGCACACGGACGAGGAGAAGGCCAUCCGGGAGGUGGUGGACAAUGUGCUCUGGCAAAUGGCAGCUGACAGGAAGACCACGGCGCUGAAGCAGCUGCAGGGCCACAUGUGGCGCACAGCCUAUAUGUCUGGAAAAAUCAAAGGCGAGUAA